GGCUGGUGCAUGUGUGAGACGCCGUGCCGGCUUGGUAGCAGCGGCGGCAGCAUCGUUUGGACUUCUGGGGAUCUCCUUGUCAGCGCUUGACUGAGAAACUCAAGACCUGUUCUGGUGAAAGAUCAGACAGGCUGAGCGACUCCUGGAAAAGAGAGGAGAUGGGCUCUGAAUCUUCCUGAAUGAAGGUUGGUGCAACAACAACACUGCACUGGACAGACAUUUCUCCCUGGACCUAGGAUUCAUAUCGGUGAGGUGCUGAUCAAAGAACUAGCCGCCAUCAUCAUCACUGCUGUCUACAGAGCACCGGACGUUAAUAUAUCAAAGAGAGCCUUCACUGCUGCUUACGCAUGGAGGCUGCACGGCCAAGAAUGAGGUGCGAACCAGCAUCACCUGCCAACACCAGGGUGUGCCCCGAACAGCAUAGAGUUUCCUUUCAAGGUGCCUAAGUCCUCCAGAAGGGAAGCCAAGAAGAAAGAAAAUAAAGACGGCUUGAACAACGAAACAUUUGAUGCAUUCCGCCAAUACGUGAAAGGCAAAUAGUGCGAGGAGACAUGUGGACAAUGAGUAUGGCCCAAGUCUGUGUGCCCAUCUGCACUCUUAUACUUGUUAUUUCUCUUCGCUCGUUUGCUGAGGAGCAUGACGUCACUCCGCGACUCACCUUCUCCUAUGAUGCAAAUGAGAGAACAUGCAGAAGUUUCUCAUCGAACGGCGUUGUCAAUUUCACAUCACUCCUACUCAGUAAAGAAGACAACAUGCUGUACGUCGGCGCACGCGAGAUUCUCUUUGCGCUCAACCUUUUGGACAUCAGCGCAACAAAGCUGCAACGAAAUCUCACGUGGAAAACUCCGGACAAAAAGCGAGGCGAGUGCAGUUUCAAAGGAAAAGACUUGCAAACGGAUUGUUUCAACUACAUCAAGAUCUUGCUGCCAGUGAACAGCACUCAUCUAUAUGUGUGUGGAACGUAUGCCUUCAGCCCCAUCUGUGCUUAUAUUAACACUGCCAACUUCUCCCUAGUCAGACAUAACUCCGGUGAGAUUAUAACCGAGGACGGACGAAGCCGUUGCCCCUUCAACCCAGAGUAUAAGUCCACCGCUAUCAUGGCUAAUGGAGAGCUGUAUGCUGGCACAGUCAGCAAUUUCCAGGGAAAUGAGCCCAUCAUUUACAAGAGUCUUAGCCAAGGAACCACUCUCAAAACGGAGAACUCUCUCAAUUGGCUUCAAGAUCCGGCAUUCGUCGGCUCCGCCUACAUCCAAGAGAGCCUGCCUGAGGGCAACCCGGUGGGCGACGACGAUAAGAUUUACUUCUUCUUCAGCGAGGCGGGCAAGGAGUUUGAUUUCUUUGACAACACAGUGGUGUCGCGUAUCGCUCGCGUGUGCAAGGGAGACCUAGGAGGAGAGAGGGUCUUGCAGAAAAAGUGGACCACCUUCCUCAAAGCGCAACUGUUGUGCUCGUUGCCUGAUGACGGUUUCCCCUUUAACAUCAUACAGGAUAUGUUUGUGUUAACUCCCAGCCCUCAGGACUGGAAGAAAACCGUAUUUUACGGAGUCUUCACCUCUCAGUGGUACAACGGCGCCUCGGGAACAUCUGCUGUGUGUUCUUUCACCAUGGAGCAGGUGGAAAAGGCUUUCAGCGGACGGUACCGUGAGGUCAAUAGAGAAACCCAACAGUGGUACACAUACAACCAUCACGUCCCAGAACCGCGGCCUGGAGCGUGUAUCACGAAUGCGGCACGCAAACAAGGCGUCUUGUCAUCACUGGACAUGCCCGACAAGGUCCUGAAUUUCGUCAAAGACCACUUCCUAAUGGACAACGUGCUUCGCAGUCAGCCCCUGCUGCUCAAACGCCACGCUCACUACACGCAGAUCGCCGUCCAUCAAGUCGUGGCGGGAAGCAAGGCCUACCAUGUGCUCUUCAUUGGAACAGAUGAUGGCCGACUCCAUAAAGCCAUGAGUGUCAAAAACAAGAUGCACAUCAUUGAGGAGCUGGUACUCUUCCGUGACUCGCGGCCAGUGCAGCACAUAGAACUGGACUCGGAUAAGGGCCUUCUGUAUGUUUCCACUUUCUCUGAACUGGUGGAGGUCCCACUAGCUAACUGCACUAAUUACCAGAGCUGCGGGGAGUGUAUCCUCUCCAGGGACCCGUACUGCGCCUGGAACGGCAGACAGUGUGUUGAUGUCAGACGGGCUCCGCCAAGCAUUGUACUUCAGCAGGAUGUGGACAAUGCAGACGCUUCAGCUGUUUGCAACAAAACUGUGGCUAGCGCGCGGUUUGCGAAGUCUGCACGUGCACGAAUGUCGUCUUGCCAGACUAUCGUUAUCCCCGCCAACACCUUCCAAGUGCUGCCGUGCAAGCUGCGCUCCAAUCUGGCUGAGAGGUCGUGGAAGUUCAGCGAGACUUCCGGUCACUUUCACUACCAAAGCCCGGAGGGGGGGCUGGUGGUAGUCGCUCAGGCGGACAGACAGGAGACCUACGAGUGCUGGUCGGUGGAGGAAGGCUUCCAACAGCUCUUGGCGAACUACUGCGUACGUGCCGAGACCAGAAGCGAAAGCAGCACCCAGAGGGGCCGACCGCGUACCUCUUCCGCCUCGCAAGAUCAUUUCGUCCUCCUUCCCGGAGAGGCUCACUCCCCGCAGAUCAACACCAAAACUUACUGGAACGAACUCAUCGUAGUGUGCUCGCUCCUGGCGUUCGCCUUGCUGGUCUUCUCCUUGUUCCUGGUCUACAGGAACCGCGAUCACAUGAAGUCCAUGCUCAAGGAAGGUGAGUGCCCUAACAUGCAACAGAAGAAGCCCAAGCCCGCUGAGAACUUACCGCUGAACGGCAACGCCGUGGCGGUCUCGGUGCCGGACCACAAGGGCUAUCAGACGCUUCACGACAACUACACGUGCGGAACGCCUCCGCACGAGUGCUCGUCGCCGGACGACGGCAAGAGCUUUUCCGAGUCGGAUAGGAGGCCGCUGGACUUGCAGGAGAGCCACGUGGAGAUCUCGUCCAUCAGCCCGCGACCUCGAGUCAGACUGGGAUCAGAGAUUAAAGACUCGGUAGUGUAAAGACUCCAUGACAAAAAGACACACGCAAAGUCCGUGCUGAGUAUUUUCGGGGGAAAACAUUUGAUCACAUUUUGCACUUUGUCCUGGUUUGUGCUGUUUUUACGGAAGCGUAUUGAAGCCACAUAAUAAAAAAAAAAAAUAAAUGGAAAAAAAUGAUUAAAAUGUUAAGAGUAAAAGUCCAGCAUCAUGUUUUUGCAUUAUAGUUAGAGCGUUUUGACAUUAUAGUUCUAUGUAGAUUUGUCAGAUAAUGACUUUUUAACCGAUAUCCGGAUAUUGUCCAAUUCCAAAAAUUUGAUACCACUAUUAAACCGCUAGCGAUGUAUGCGGUGGCAGACUUAACAUAUUAUGGCUAAUUUCAUUGUGAUGCCCUGGUCAAAUGGUUUGCUCACAUAACAAAUCCCAAAUCUGAGUUUGGAAACAUCUAAUGGUCAAUAAGCAUAACUGCUGUGCUAAGCUGUGACCAGCCCUUAUAUAAAGGCAGAAGGCUUCUACAUUCAUUUUGCAGGCAAUCAUUAUACAGUAUAUUAUAAACAUUAUGAGAACAGGUUGUGAUAAGAAUUGUCCGAUAAUUAUUUCUUAAUCAACAUCCCCUUAUUGUCCGACUCCAAAAAUCCGAUACUAAUAUCAAAUCGAUAUUGAUAAAUGGGGUCGUGGACUUAACAUAUUAUGGCUAAUUGUAUUGUGAUGCUCCACUGGAAGCUUUAAUAAUGAUAAUGCUCACAUAAAAAAAUCCCAAGCAUCUUACUUUGAAGACAUCUAAUGGUCAAUAAGCAUAACUGUUGUUCUAAGCUGUGGCCAGCCCUCGUACAAAGACCGAGGGCUUGAAGGCAACUUACAUAUUAGCCCAAAACUGUUAAAUGAAAAACCGAUGUCGAUAUUAUCUGAUAUCAUUUUAAAAUGUUUUUAUCGACAACUCUAAUACUAUGUAUAAACAUUAUAAUGAUCAUGUCUUUACUGAUAUUAUCAUGUAAAAAAAAAAGUGUGACCAUUACAGGUAUCGUGAUAGGUAUAACUAAACAACACGUUUUUACAUGAUCAUGUCUGCACGUUAUUUUUACAUAUUUAUUUACAUGAUAACUACGAUUUACAUGUUAAAAAUAUAUUGAUAAUCAAACCUGGAUGAUAUACGGUUUUACAUGAUAUCAUGUUUUUACCCAAUAAUUUCAUGCCAAAACGAUUCAUGUUUUACACAUUUCACAUUUUUACAUGAUAGCUAUCACAUUUUUACACGUUUUCAGGUGAAAACAUGAUGACUGUCACGUUUUUAAAUGAUACCCAUCAUGUUUUCACGGUAUUUACAGUACAUGAUAAAGUACAUGAUUACGUUCCUACGCUGGCGACCAGACCUAAAUUUCUGCUUAAAUCUGAUUUCACGCUUAACCCCUUCAGACCUAAGCAUGCUGCUGAAGGACAUGACACGUCCGCAUCUCUAAACCAAUAAAUACUCUGAAUUUAGUUGCCAUUGCCACGUCUGGGAGAUGAUUGGAUGAAAGUUUACCCAUCAAAAUCAAAUCAUGGGGUUUGGCACGUCCUCUUUGCUGUUUUUGGCUCUUUGAAAAUGGCUUACUAAACGCAACUUCAAAAAGGUAAUUUCUCAUUAAAAGCAUAUUAACAUUAAAAAUAACCAAUUAAAGCAUGAAAUAUCCCCGACCAAAAACGUGCUCUUUGCUCUGGUGUUUGGGUAGCGUAAAAAUCUGAUUUUUUUUUUUUUUUUUGCCCAGCAGAAAAAAAUCGGAUCCAAAGGGGUUAAUCAAAAUUUACAUGAAAAUACUUAGUAUAAAAGGACUAAAAUACAAUAAAAUGAAAUAAAUUAAUAAAUAAAUAAAGAUGCUGCAUUCACCAUUAGUGCUGAGAGGUGGAUGGAGGAGAAAGGUGACACUACCAGGUCAGGUGGUUUUGGCGAAGCAAAGCGAAUGACUGUCUCUAAGGUGCUAGUCACAUAAUCUGUUCCAAAAUUAAUUUUGAACCAUUAUAAUUUUUUUUUAAAAUUCAUUUCAUUCAUUUUUGUUGUUUUUUAAUGGCGUAUCGCAAGCAACACGUCACUUCCGCUCAUUAAUAUUCAUGACAUUAGCUACUGUUGCUAAGUAGGGACAAGCCACUGUUUGUCCUUAAUAGGAAAUGAAUGGAAAUUGUGUACGAAGGAGAUGUUUACAGAGCUAAACCUACCAAUUCUCUCCGAAAAUGAUGUGCCUGGUGCCAAAUUCACUGGCAAAGAUGUGGAAGAACAUAACAAUGUUCAGCUAAAGAGAUGGCUUGAGUGUCAAAGGCUGAAAAAGACGAAAAAAAACGAGCCGACCUAAGCAUAGCUUUAGCUUUUUUAUCGACGCGACUGACAAUGACAUUCUCCUGUUUCAACAAGCUAUCCUUUACCAUCAGCCCUGUCUUUCUUAUAUAUCCUCUGGUUGUCCAACGUCUCUUACCGUUCUUGGGGGUAAUUUAGUUAGCUUUGUGUAGCGAUCGCAAAUGCUACUCAGUGACAGCCAACGAACACUUUUAAUUUUUCAUUGAUAACACAUCUUAAUCCUAUAAUUUAUUUACGCUUCCCCCUUACUAAAGUUGUUUUUUAUAUAUAUAUAACAGAAACGGUAACAGUGGCAGUCAGAUUCCAUUGUAAUUCUUUUCAGGUCAUUCAUUGUCAGACAGAAGCAGUACGGCACAACGUUACGCUAAAAAAAUAAGUUAAAAAUAUAAAAAUGGCUUACCUCUUUGUCCUGUGAAAGACCAUGCCAACAUAACGUUUACUGCAUAUGAAAUGUGAAUGGAUUCACCGAGCUGGUGUUAAAGUCCGCGCAAGUUGAUUCUGUCUUCACAUUUUUUCCUCCUGAGUUUUUGGUUUCCAGAAACGUAUGAAGAAAACAUCCUUCAUGUGUCGUAAUGUCUAGAGUCGUUUCUACAAGUUCCAAAAAAAGCAAUGCGUGAUCGGCAUGUUCGUUUUUGCAAGAUUACCGGAGAAAAGUAGCACAAAUUACAUUGUGUCUAUGCGAGGGCAGGUCUGUAAUGUCCCACUUCGGCUUUACUUCCGCUAAAAAUAGCGUGCGUGCAGUACGCUAUUGCUUAACAACUUUUAUAGACAACGUUUUACCGACAAAGUCUUAAUUUUAAAUUCAUAUAUUGGAAAGUGAAUUACAUGCAAUGAUAUUUUUGGCCACCAGGGGGGCAUUACACCCCCCCCCUUAAUCUCGGUUUAUGUUUAAAAGGCACAUAUACUAGUGCUUCCAAAACCAUGACAAACGAGGUCUUUUUAUUAGAGAUGUCUGAUAUCGGGUACCCGAUAUCGGCCAUAAUGUGAAAAAAGUAGGGCGAAAAAGGCAAAGAUGCUCCCGGCACAGGCGUCGUGAAGUUGAAACGUCGUAGGUCGGGUACUUUGUAACCGGAGGACUCCUGUAGUAGUUAUAAGUACAUGAUUAUGAGGUAAAAUUAUAUGAUAGCUAUCACAUUUUUACAUGAAAGUUUCAUCUCAAAAUCUGCUAAUCACCAUCUUUUAACAUGAUGCUGUAAUCUAAAAAUGUGAUCCCUUUUUUUUUUAUUGCUGUGGUAGCAGUACGCUUCCGUAGUUUUUGUGGUCCAUGAACAUUUCUCUUGUGCAUUCUGACCGCCUUCAGACAUUUAGGUGCUUUCGCGUACAGCUCAAAAACAGAAUGUAAGUUGUGCUCACGGACCUCCGCCAAGGACAAAAUAAGGAAGUACAAAAAAAAAAAAAGAACUAAGUGACACUCCUUGAUGAAAACUUCACACACACCCAGGAGGAUUCAAACAAAAGCACAGCUUGACUCGUAUAUAGUGUUGCCUCUCAGUCCGUCCUUAAUAGUUACACAUCGAAGAGAGGUUGUGACACAUUUUCAUACUCCUGUAGAAAUCAUUCAUAGUUUAUAUUAUUAUCUGCCAUUCACGCCUAUACCAUUCACUGAGGCUAUGCACUAUCUACUGUACUGUAGCAAGGUCAACUCACAAUUACACAAAGAUGCCAAGUUAGAAGCUAAAAGUUCUGCUGUGAGGAUUAGUAUUUAAACAAAUUUCUAAUUGGCUGCCAGUGACAGCGAUAGACGUCCAAUUUAUUUGACCUGGAAGGACGGGCAAUCCAAGACGUCUAAUCAAUUUGAACUGGGAGACGCUGUGAGCCCUCCCAGGUUAAAUAAAUUGACGUCUAUUGCUGUCAAUGGCACUGAAACAUGAUCACUCACUUAAAGGGAUAGACAACUCCUUGGAAAAAAUUAUGGAUCCAAUGAUUUGUGUUUUUCUGGAUUGAUAUCGAUUAUCAGAGCUUCAGGGAGCCAAUAUUUAUUUGCAGUAGAACUGUAAAAAAAAAAAAAAAAAAGUAAAAUGUUGUGUAAUAUAAACAUUUUGUUAUAUAUACACAGUAUAGGCCAAAAUUUUGGACAGACCUCAUUCAAUGCAACACAAAUGAAGGUCCCAACCCCAUUGAUAAAGCAAUAAAUUCCACUAAUCAACCCUGAAAAAGCAUACCUGUGAAGUCAAAAAACAUUUUAGGUGACUCCCUCUUGAAGCUCAUCAAGAGAAUGAUAAGUGUGCAAAAAAAAAAAAAAAAAUCAGAUUAAAGGGUGGCUACUUUAAAGAUACUAGAAUAUUAGACAUAAUUUUAGUUAUUUCACCUUUUUUUUGCCAAGUACAGUGGUAUGAAAAAGUAUCUGAACCUUUAGGAAUUUCUCACAUUUCUGCAUAAAAUCACUAUCAAAUGUGGUCUGAUCUUCGUCAAAAUCACACAGAUGAAAAAACUGUCGGCUUUAACUAAAACCACCCAAACAUUAAUAGAUUUUCAUAUUUUAAUGAGGAUAGUGUGCAAACAAUGACAGAGGGAGGGAAAAAAAAGUAAGUGAACCAUCACAUUUAAUAUUUUGUGGGCCUCCCUUUGGCAGCAAUAACUUCAACCAGACGCUUCCUGUAGCUGCAGAUAUGUCUGGCACAUCGAUCAGGACUAAUUUUGGCCCAUCCUUCUCUACAAAAUUGCUGUAGUUGAGUCAGAUUCCUGGGAUGUUUGGCAUUAAUCGCUGUCUUUAGGUCAUGCCACAGCAUCUCAAUGGGAUUCAAGUCUGAACUUUGACUUGGCCACUCCAGAACGUUUAUUUUGUUCUACUGAAACCAUUCUGAAGUUGAUUUACUUCUGUGUUUUGGAUCAUUGUCUUGUUGCAGCAUCCAUCAAUCCUCUUUUUAGCUUCAACUGUCUGACAGACAGCCUCAGGUUUUCCUGCAAAACAUCCUGAUAAACUUUUGAAUUCAUUCUUUCAUUAAUGAUUGCAAGUUGUCCAGGCCCUGAGGCAGUAAAACAGCCCCAAAUCAUGAUGUCUCUCCACCAUGCUUCACGGUGGGGAUGAGGUGUUAAUGUUGGUGAGCUGUUCAAUUUUUCCUCCACACAUGACAGUGUGUUACCCCCAAACAAUUCAACUCUGGUUUCAACAGUCCACAAAAUAUUUUGCCAAAACCUCUGUGGAGUGUCCAAGCGGCGAGCAACAAUGUUUUUUUUUUUUUUAGACAGCGGUGACUUCCUCCGUGGAGUCCUCCCAUGAACACUAUUUCUGGCCAUAGUUCUACAUAUAGUUGAUGUGUGCACAGAGAUAUUGGACUGUGCCAGUGAUUUCUGUAAGUCUUUAGCAGACUCUCUCGGGUACUUUUUUGAGUAUUCUGCGCUGAACUCUAGGCGUCAUCUUUGGUGGACGGCCACUCCUUGGGAGAGAAGCAAAAGUGCCAAACUCUCUGCAUUUAUAGACAACUUCUCUUACUGUCGAUUGAUGAACAUCCAGACAUUUAGAGAUGGUUUUGUAUCCUUUCCCAGCUUUAUACAAAUCAACAAUCUUUGAUCGCAGGUCCUCAGACAGCUCUUUUGACCGAGCCAUGACACACAUCAGGCAAUGCUUCUCAUCAAGACAAUUCUUACCAGGUGCGUGUUUUAUAGUGGGCAGGGUAGCUUUAAACCACUCAUCAGUGAUCUGGCACACACCUUAUAUACAUUGUUUGGUAAAAAUUGGUUUCAAUUGCUCUUUAAGUCUCCUUAGGCAGAGGGUUCACUUAUUUUUCCUAAAUAUGAAAACCCAUAAAUGUUUAGGUGGUUUUAGUUAACGCAGACACUGUAUUUUCAUCUGUGUGAUUUUGACAAUGAUCAGAUCACAUUUGAUGGUGAUUUUACGCAGAAAUGUGAGAAAUCUCAAAAGAUUGAUACUUUUUCAUACCACUGUACAUAAUUCCACAUGUGUUCAUUCAGUUUGAUUAGCUUCAGUGAGAACUUACAAUGUAAAUAGUCAUGAAAAUAAAGAAAACGCACAAAUGAGGUGUGUCCAAACUUUUGGCCUGUACUGUAUACACAGGAUAUGUUUAUUCAAACAAAACAAAUAAAGCAGUAUUAUUGUUAAUAUUUUAUUAUUUAAUUUCAAACACAGAAUAACAUGCAGUGAGUCAACAAGCUAGCGGCAACUCUUGUCAAGUUAAAUAAAUAAAUAUUUAACUUUCCAUUGUAUAAUAGCUACCUGAAAGUUUUCACUGUAAAAUUGGUUUAUCACUGGAAAGAUUCUGGUUUAAAUAAUUGACAAACAGGAAUUCAUUUUUCUGAUGUAUAAUAUUGGAGAAUUCAUAGAUAAGUAAAAGCCAGUAUUUCCAAGAAGUGCCCUUUGUAAAUGGUGACAGCCAAUUUAUCAAUGCGGUUAUUAUUUUGGCCAACCAAAUGAGAGCAUCCCAAAUUGAUCGCCUCGUUGCUAGAGGUCGACCGAUAUAGGAUUUUUAAAGGUUGAUAACGAAAAAAAUCUGAUGAUUUCGCAAGCCAAUACCUGAGGCAAGGAAAGGCAAUUGAAACACUCAUUAUAUAAAUGUACUGUAUAUGGUCCGUGUAUCUUCCGGCCAUUUGUUUUUCCUUCUAAUUUUGGAAAACAAAAAACGGAAAACAAGCCCAAUUCCGUAUUUUGUUUUUAUGUGUGCCAACAAAAAAAAAACGAGAAAUGACUCUCUUCUCGUUUCCCAAUUAAAAACUCGUAAUUCAUUAACUGAAAAUAAGCCUAAAUCUGUUUUAUUAUUGAAUUGAAGUCAAAAAACAAAAUACGCCCAGUAUUGUUUUCCACCAAUUUCGAUUUUUCAAUGAGCCAUGACCCAAUAGACGAUGUUUGUCUUAUAAAUUAAUAUAAUGCUGCUUAAAUGAGGCUUGUUUCCGGUAACGAAUGACCCGUUUUUAAUUGGCAAAUGGGAGACGAUUCAUUCCUCGUUUUUGUUAACAUGCAUGAAAACAAACGUUUUUUGUUUUCCAAAAUCAGAAGGAAAAAUUAAUUGCCGAAAGGUACACGGACUGUGCUGUAUACAGUGAUCCCUCCCUACUUCGCACUUCAGACUUCGCGCCUUCAGUCCAUCGCAGAUUUUUUUUUCAAUUAAAAAAUAAAUACAGAUGUGCUGUCCCGAGCCAAUCGCAUAGUCUCACUCUCCCUUGCAGUGUACUAGAGUUGCUUAUUGAAGUUAAAUAUGAUUGACAGACAGUUAUGCUGGUAAGCCGAGACUUCAAAGCGUCGCAUGUGUCAACAUUGUUUAACUUGUUAAACAGUUGCUGUGGCAACUCAUUGUGUGUAAGUAAGCGGCUUAAAUGGACUCACUCAAUGAAGCAUUCAAUAAAGACAAGAAUUUGUCAACUUUUUUUUUUAAAUGGCUUGGUCGUCUACAUUUUUUCUUGUUAAAAAAUAAUUAAGUGGGA